AAGGCUCCUCCCGGCCUCUUAGGUACAUGUCACCGGGGACGAACGCUAACGUGGGAUGGACGGAACCCACCCAUGACCGCCAAAGUAAGCCAAUGAAGGAAACCAGGGACGGGAGCUUUUUUUUGCCUCUCUCUCUCUCUCCCUGGCGCACUCAAAUAUAACACGGAAGCGAUGCAUGCGUGGGGCCUGGAAUCGCCGAGAAUCACGGGCAUGAAGACGGAUGGGAUAGUGUGGGUAUCAACCCAGCAGGGGGGACGGCAUCCGGGCAGGUGGUCGGUUGUAGAUAACUUCUCUGGACAUCGGUGUAUGUGUGUGUAUGUGUGUACUCUUGUCCGUCCUAGAAACGACCCGAACUGGGUGGCCCUGAUGGGUCGGAAAUGGAGCCUUGUCUUAUCUUAUUAUUUCUAUUAUUCAUUAUUUGUAUCUUUGCCUCGUCGAUGGGGUUGUUUGUUCUUUAGACAUAAGAUGAUCCUCAUAAACCCUGGGACUUCUGACUGGCUGUACUUGAUUCUCUGUUUUGAACCUGGGUCUGCGCGAGCGGUGGCUUUUUUUUUGUUCCCUUGGAUAGAUAGAUGGGUCACUUCCACUUGCUUUCCUACUGUCUGGAUUGAUUCAGGGCAACUGGAGUUGAGAACUUAUUCCAUCUCAACUAUACCUUUACGCUACGAACGAUCGAGUUGCUUCUCGGCUCUAUACCUACACACCAUAGAAACACCACUACCAUCUACACCACUACCAUCUACACACCAUCAUCUACACCACCACCAUCUACGCCAACCUCGUCUGAAAAUGAUCAAUCCACAAAAAGGAACGAAGGAAGACUACUACUAUCAGGAAACAGCCCAAUCUAUAACCGAACGACCCUCCAGUCAAUCUAUCAAUCAAUCAACAACAACAAUAAACUUGUCCCAUGUCCUUGUCCUUGUCCUUCUCCUUGUCCACCAUGACACGAGACCGAGACUGAGACCCAGACCCAAACCAAGAACCCAGACCCAGCCGUUACAUCCUCCCCGGUCGGUGUCGUCGCGCAGACCAGGUGCCACAGAAAGUAACCUCGCCUCGCUGUUGCACCCCCCUCCCUCCCUCCCUCCCUCUAUUCCCUUAAGGUGGUGGUGGUGGUGGUGGUCGAACCCGCUUUUCCUGGGACAGGUUCAUUCUAACUAGUUAGGUAGAUGGUUUCAUGUUUGUGAGAGAAUAGGUAGUUAUAGUAUCUAGUAGUUAAGGUACUGUAGGUAGGAGGUUUCUUUCCUUUCCGAUCCUUUGCUUUCCUUCCUUUUAUGUUUAUCUUGUCUUGUCGUAGAGUUCAAUCUACCUCAGAGUAAGUACAUCCCAGAGAGUCUGGACUGAUAUACCCAAGUACUUACUAUAGUUAAGUAGGUGCAUACCAUUGAGUGGAG